ACUUCCCACUCUUCUUUAGCACAAAUCAGACUUGAGCAAAAACAACUUUUUCCAUAGGAUCAGUUAUAAAAAGAAUGGCAAGGGCAAUGACCAGCUUAGUUUAUUGGUUUUAUCAGGGAAAGUAGACUCACCAAAGGCUUGUGAACGUUUCUGGUCAAAGCACUGGCUGGCUUAUUCAUCUCUAUAUGGUCAAUCGUGGUAUUUCUGCAGGACCAAAGGCACGGACUGGUUAGUGAAGAAUGCUGUCAGAAGGCUAUCUCAGUGGACUUGCGUACCGGAAUGACAUCCAGUGGAGUUAUCCAUCUUCUAAUGAGCAAGUGGCUGAGGAAAAGGAAGAGGAGAUGGAAGCCACAGCAGCUACAAGUCUUUCCUAUUCCUCCGUGGAUGAAACACAAGUCCAAAAUCUCUAUGUGAGCUGCAAAUCCUCUGGCAAGGUCAUUUCUUCAGUGUAUUCAAGAGAGAGCCAACAUAGUAGAAAUCCGAGAAUUACAGUGCUGCAAACAAACCCCAAUCCUGUGUAUGAAAGCCCAAACUUGGCUGCAGUUGAACUAUACAGAGACACCAGCAGAGAGACCUACUUGGUCCCACCUUCCUGCAAGAGUAUCUGCAAGAAUUACAAUGACUUACAGAUUGCAGGGGGCCAGGUGAUGGCCAUUAAUUCAGUGACAACCGAUUUCCCCUCUGAGGGUAGUUUUCAAUAUGGUCCUUUGCUGAAAUCAUCUGAGAUUCCUUUGUCCAUGGAGGAUUCCAUGUCCACUCAGCCCAGCGACUUGCCACCCACCCCUAUCCAGCGGUAUUCAUCGUACUGGAGAAUAACCAGCAUCAAAGAGAAAAACAGCCUGCAAAUGCAGAAGCCUAUUUCGAAUGCGGUGCUGAAUGAAUACCUGGAGCAGAAGCUGGUGGAGUUGUAUAAGCAGUACUUUAUGGACACUGGGUUUCAUGACAGUUCACCUACCCAGAUUCUGGCAUCUGAACUCAUCAUGACAAACGUGGACCAAAUUAGUAUUCAAGUCUCUAUAGAGAAGAACCUGGAGAUCUCGAAAGCCAGGGAUAUUGUCAUUAACCGCCUAUUACAGUAUGGGUCAACCGAAAUCAGCACACCGAGUCUCCAUAUUUCUCAGUAUAGCAACGUGAAUCCAUAGAGAGGGUGCUUCCAUUGCUCUUUCUCAACUACUAAAACCCUAAGCAACAAGUAUUCAUUUAUUCUGAGAAUGUGCAGGAAGGGGUUGGCAAGGGGUAGAGAAGAAAACGUUGGUUGCAGGCCAGGUAUGGAUUAAGAGGAAAUCUUAUAAUAUUACAUGUGAAGGAAUGUGGGGAGAGGAGCUAUAAUGACUUCCAAGUGAGGGCUGUACAGCAACAAAGCAAAAAUAAAAAUGAUCAAAAAAGAAGGUAUGAUUCAUAUAAGGGAAUA